GCUUUCCAAUAACAGUAGAAUAUUAGACAUUUUUAAAACAUAAAUUUUGAUGAUGUAACGCUUUAACGUGGCCGAAAGAGAUUACAAUAAAUUUCCUGUUUCCGUGUAAAGUUCUCUUAUUAACGACUAAGACAAUUUUCACCAAAUAUUUAUUUAGUGAUAUUACUUUUGUGCAAACAAUUAUCGAUUUUUCCAUAUCUGACGUGAUCAAAAAUUGAAAUACUCGUACCACCUGUUGUUGCCCAGAAAUUAGAUGGCAAAAUUGGAAGACGUGAAAUCUAUAUGGAGGAACGCGGAUGCAGUUACAUUUGAUGUCGAUUCUACUGUUAUACAAGAAGAAGGAAUUGACGAGCUUGCAAAAUUUUGUGGAAAAGGAGACGAAGUUGCUGCCUUAACCAGUCAGGCAAUGCAAGGAAAUGUGACAUUUCGUCAAUCUUUAACCAAAAGAUUGAAUAUCAUAAAACCAAGUUAUAUGCAAGUGAAGCAAUUCUUAUUGUCCCAUCCACCAAAACUUACGCCUGGUACAAUAGCUUUAGUAACAGCCCUACAAGCUCAUAAAAAGCAAGUGUUUUUGGUAUCUGGUGGUUUUCACUGUUUAAUUGCACCAGUUGCCACAUUGCUUAAUAUUCCAAUAGAAAAUGUCUUUGCAAACAAACUAAAAUUCUAUUUCACAGGAGAAUAUGCAGGAUUUGAUGAAAAUCAGCCGACUGCUGCAAGCGGUGGAAAAGCAAAAGUAAUUGAGCAUCUUAAAAAAGAAAUCGGGCUUAAAACUAUUGUCCAUGUUGGUGAUGGAGUAACAGAUUUAGAAACUAUUUCAAUAGCAGACUCGUUUAUAGGAUAUGGAGGGAAUAUAGUUAGAGAAAGCGUUAAGUUAAGAGCUCCAUGGUUUAUUACCAAUUUCAACGAACUUACUAAUGCUUUAUAAAAGCAAAGAGAUGAUAUUCUAAACGUUAAAUUAUUCGUAACGAUUCAACAACGAUAAAAAUGUUUCAACGAACGUAUAACAUAUGAAAAUUUCAUAAAUCGAUUUCGAUUUAAUCCAUUGAU